AUGAAUCGGCCAAAGAACCGGCAGCCACGCCCGCCGCGCGAUCAACCACGAGGCGGGCGAGGCGGUGGAAACCCUCGCAAUGGUACUCGACCAGAGUAUCAUGCCGUGCCUAACAAGCAGCAAGUCGUUCCUGGCGCCGGUGUGUUCAUAGUCCUCAAAGCGGAUCAGCCCACGGGUCGUGAAACCCUAGGCGUUGUGCAGGAUCUGCUCACUCGAGGCGAUCAUCCUAGAGGCAUCAAAGUUCGGCUUGCUGAUGGACAGGUUGGUAGAGUGCAGCGUAUGGCCAGCGCUUCCGGCGAUAGUAGACCAGGAGGCAUGCCAUCCUUAGGCACGAUCCGGAGACGAGACACCACUGAGAACUUGUCUGAGCCACCAGCGCGCUCUUUGGCCGACUUCCUACCACCCUCGACGUCGGAGAACACCGCGGAGACAGGACUCAGCAGUGAACUGACUUUCACCACUGCAACAGCUUCAUGCCCGAUAUGCGGACAGUUCGACGGUGAUGAGCUGGCCGUUUCACGUCACGUCGAUGAGCACUUUAGCUAG